CCCGGUUACUGUGAUUAAGGGUAGAUAGUAAACUUUUAGGAAAGCGUAUUUUAUUAUUUUAUCCUCCGGUUCUAACAAUCUAAAAGUUUACUAUUCCGAAAGUAUGGCCACUACUCAACGCGAUAUCAACACCAAAUUUUAAAAAUUGGAAAAGUUUGAAGGUGUGGAGUUUCGAAGGUGGCAAACAAGAUGCAUUUUCUACUCACUACUUUGAAAGUGGUUUAUGUGUUAAUAAGCACCCCGAGACCACCCGAGGAUGAUGAAAACGAGAAUUUGAAAACAAGCUGCCGCCGCAUAAAGUGGGACAACGACGAUUACAUUUGCCGUGGGCACAUUUUGAAUGGAUGAUGAAUCUUGGUGCAUAGGCAAGCUUUUAAGACUUUACAAGUGUUGCAAGAGGAGCCGAUCUUAUACAUGGGAAAUGACUACUGUGCAAAUUCAAGGAAUUGAGAAAGUAGAGUUGGAAUUAACUUCCAGAAAGAAAUUAAUUCUUAAUGAUGUGUACUUUGUACCACAAAUCCGGAAAAAUCUUGUCUCCGAUGGCAUCCUAAAUAACUUUUUGUUUAAACUUAGCUUUGAAGCAAAUAAGUUUAUUUUAUCUAAGGGUGGUGUAUUUGUAGGCCAAAGUUUCUAUUGUAAUGGCAUGUUUAAACUAAGUAUUGUGAAUAAAGGUGCUAAUUCUGUUUAUAUGGUUUGUGAUU